AUGUCUUCGACGGCUAUGAGAAGUUGUGGAGAGUCCGCUCCCGAGCAUGAGGACGAAAUUUUAGUUGCACGAGAUGUCGGCAAGGAGGGCCCGUGUGGGCCCCUGGAUGACAGUGUUGGAGAUGUCGAGCAUCCAAAAGCCGACAAAGAAAAUGACAGUGGCAACCGGGCUUGGAGACUACCGAUAGAGUUUCAAGAAAGGCGCUCCUAUAGAGCCCUCGACUAUGUAUCGGACAUAUGGCAGGUUGGGAAAGCGCGCUUGGAAAAAAAAAGACGUGAGACCAAAGAUGCUUUAACAUCGCAAGGUAUCUUCGAGCUCGACUUUUAUGCCGAGACGAAGACACCGGUGACGAAGCUGCCUUAA